GAGCAGCCGGCGCGACUUCACCUUUGGGCCGUGGAAGCUGAGCGCCGUCUGCACGCACAUCAUGAAGUCGGCGCAGGCCGAGAGGUGAGGCGGGAGCCGUGCGCCGCGGGGCCGGGAACCCGCCUGUGGGAGCGGGGGUACUCGGAGGAACCGCCGCACCUGGGCGGGGAGACGUUGCUCCAAUACAGCGUGCCCGGCAUCUCGGAUAUCUUUUAUUUUAUUUUUCCCUUUUGAAGAGCCUGGGCUGGUUUCGCUUACGGGCAGCUAUCAGAAUCUCGUCAAUGGAGGUCCGGCCCUCAGCGAUCAGACACCCGCUAACUGGAAGCUUGAUUUUUCGUGAUUAUCUAUUAAGGAUCAUUAAGAUGCUUUUAUGCGUGGUGCACACACUCCUGUAAGCUACUUCUUCGUAACAUAAAGGACUUCAUUAAAAAUUGAUUGUUUGCUUUCUUCUCGCAGCAGUAAUUUCCACUGCUGUCAGACCGUUGGAUGAAACGCUGCUGUGUCAGCACUGAGUGCUUAAGUCAGAUUUGCUAAUGUGGAGCUGAACAGUUCAGCUGUUAGGGCCCUAGCUGACCUCGGUGGCAGCUGAGUUUGACAGAUAAUUCUAGAAUUCAGUUUCCAGAAUAAGCAUCUGGGGAGCUGUGAAGGAAAGCUUCAGUUGUGUUGCCUUCAGUUUUUCUAUUUGCGUGAGUCCACUAUGGUGAAGUUUUACGCUUUGUUUCUAUCUUAUAAGAAGCCAAGUAAACUUCAUUAUUCUUUUCUGUAUUAUAACGGCAUUAUGCUCACUUUUUAAACUACAUAUCUGCCUCCAAACAUGUGGGAAUGGCGUUACUAACUCUUAUUUUUAUUUGGUGCUCACUACGCACAAUAAUCUUAAUGCUUUUCCCUAAUGGUCCUGCACUUUUUGUAGUUGCGGGUAAGAAAACUUGAAUGUGUGUUUUACUGAUUUAUCUGUAAAGAGGAUUCAGUAUUCAGUUGAGUGGUGCCCGUGUCUGCAGGAGAAGAAGGACUGUUACUGCAGUACUCCAUUUUUCUGACAUGUUUGUGAAGACUUAAUUCACAAAGUGCUGUCUCUUAAAAAUGAAGAUCUUAGGGAUAAAGUUCAGGAGAAUGUUAACUGUUUUCUUUAAGCAAGAGGGAGACCUGAACUGCCAGUCUAGAAACCAGGCUACUCACUGUGCGCAUUUUCUGUUCUGCUCAGUUUCUUUCACGGUAGCUAUUUUAAAUGAAGCAGUUGCCUCUGUAACAUUUCAGAAAUUACCUUUAUCCUUUUAGAUGUUUUCCAGGGAUGCUGAGAUGAUCACAAUGUGUUGAAAAAGGUAGAAAAGCAAAGGUACAAUGGUUAAGCCAUAAACUCUUUAAUCUUAAUGAAUAAAGCACCUAGUGGUAGGGAGGGAAUGGUGGAAGUGUAUGAAAUAUAUAUUUUGCUAAACAAUAUCUGUGUGUGCAUAAAGCAGUGUGCAUCUAUAUUUAUUUUUGUACAGUGUAUGUAUAAAAAAUGAUGUAACUCAAAAGGUGAGCUGGAAUGGCUUUAUAUUUUCUGCAGGGAUUUGUAUUUCUUCUAUUCACCAAGUUCAGUUGGUCCCACAGCUUUCAUGCUUGGAGGUUAUGAAUACCAACAUGGGUUUUCUACAAAGCUGGGAAGUCAGCAGAGCAGUAGGUGUGUGUUCUGCACUGUGCUUUUAACGUGCUCUGCCGUGCUUGUUUUCAGGCUCUGUUUUGUAGCCUUCUAAAGAUGGUAGCGUGGACUGCUGUGUAAUGGGUUUAAACUUGCUGACAAUAAGUACCCUUUCAUAAAACUAUCUGAUCAUCUGCAAAAGUAGCUGUUGGAUCGUCCAGAGGUUUGUCUGCAAUGGGCUGAAAGCUGCUACUUCAUCCUUAUCAUCCCUUUUUUUCCUUCCUGUCUGUGAGGCUUUUGUACUCUCCUGAUGGAGAAGGCAAGCUUUAGGAAUAACCUUACAGUGGAAAAGUCACUUAGGAUCGGUGAUUCUGCAACUCAUGUCAGCUGAUUAACUGGGAAGGCUGGCUGAAGAAUUACACAUGCCUUCCCUGCCAGAGAUGAUGUUUGGAGACAAUAUCCUGAGAAUACAGCAUGAACAUGGUUUUGGAAUUGAGUUCAAUGCAACAGAUGCUUUAAAAUGUGUCAAUAAUUGCCAAGGUAUGAUCAAAGUGGCUUGUGCAGAGGAGUGGCAAGAGAGCAGGAGUGAGACUGAGCACACUAAGGAAGUUGUCAAGCCUUAUGAUUGGACCUACACAACUGACUACAAAGGAACAUUGCUGGGAGAUACUGCAACACUAAAGGUUGUUCCUACGACAGAACAUAUAAAUACAGAGAAAUUGAAGGCCAGGGAACAAAUCAUGUUUUUUGAAGAAGUACUUCUGUUUGAAGACGAGCUUCAUGAUCACGGCGUGUCGAGUUUGAGUGUAAAAAUAAGAGUCAUGCCUUCCAGCUUUUUUGUGCUGUUGAGGUUUUUCUUGCGAGUUGAUGGAGUACUUAUCAGGAUGAACGACACGAGGCUUCACCAUGAGUCUGACAAGGCUUAUAUGUUGCGAGAAUAUACAUCGAGGGAAAGCAAAAUAUCAAGUUUAAAGCAUGUGCCACCUUCCCUGUUCACGGAACCUAACGAGAUCUCUCAGUAUCUACCCAUAAAGGAGACAAUAUGUGAAAAACUAGAAUUCCCAGGGACACUGGAAUCUAAUAAUCCGGAGGCAUCGCUGGAAACCACAUGUGUUAAGUCAAAAUAAACGUGACUUUAUAUGGACUGAAUUAGACUGGAGAUGGUGUGAUCGUGUAGGCGUUACUGAGGGGUGCAGUUUCACUACUAGUGGAAUAAAGAAUUUGGCUAUUUUUUCUGUAGCCCUGACAGAAAACAGAACUCAUUUCAAGAAGGUUUCGCUAAUGGUUGUUCUAUCUUGUUUGUUUGUUUCUUUUAAACCUGUAUCUGGAGUUAAUGAUAGAGCGGUGGUCAAUUACAGUCUUCAAAGGCACUGGAGAAGGACUUUCACAAGGAAAGAGUGUGGGUUCUGCUCAUCUCACCAGUGAGGCAGGACUGUUGCCUGGGCCCUCCAACACAAACGCUUCCAUGAAGAUUUUGCUAGUCUCUUGAUAUCUGAAGCAGCAAUAUUAGUCAUAAAAUUGGCAUAAUUCUAUUUCUAUGGAGUAAUCAUCUACAGUAAAAAUUGGUAAAUAAAAUUCCUCUGCGUAUGUUUUGAGCUUUCAGUCCUAAGAGAGAGAUUUUGCUUCUCCUACUGCAAACUGAUAACCCAUCAAGUUACUUCUUGGCUGGGGAGAAAGGGCAUUUAUUGUCUUCGAUUCUCUCCAAGAUGCUGGUAUUUGCAGUUUGAGAAAGAGGAGCUUACGUAGCUUCAAAAGGAUGCUAGCUUGUAUUCCAGAUGCAUUGUUUUGGUUUGCUUAAAAUCUUUAAGUUCUAAUACCAAUAGAAGUGUGAUCACAUGUGCAGUCACUAUUCUAACUUCACAUUUUGUGGAUUAAGCUUUUAAGUAAUUUUGUUGCUUUUGGAAAUCUUAAAUUACAUCGAUAGUUUGUUCUAAGAUUGGGGGAGCUAAACAGGCUUGUCUUAAGUUUGCUGCUUACACUCAGUGAAGUGCAAGAAGCUGAGGACUGUAGCAAAAAAACACGCCUUUUGGUUUGAUGGGCUGAUAAGAAUGUGUAAAUUCUGAUGUCCUGGACUGUUUUAAUUAAAAAUCUUCAUAUUCUACACUGUGCGUCUUCAAACAAGUCUUGGGGUGGGUUAUUUCAAUUAACCGUGUCUUCUGAGAAAUGGUUUUCAUUUAAAGACAGUGCUGAUGUUUUUAUAUAAAGAGUGCACUACUAUUCAAGUGACUGCACUUGUUUCCUAAAGCCUGUAGUGUCAGGACAAAGUGUUUAUCUGGCUGUAAAUGAAUGUAGAGUGGAAGCAAUCCAAAUUCAUCUGGAAAUAGCAUAUUAUUGAGGUCCUCCCCGGUGAUAGAGGGAUACGAGCACAGAAUGAAAAGGAAGGGAACAACUGAGCGAAGAGAUACUGUGCUGGCAGGAGCAUAUCAGGGCACUUUUCCUCUAAGAAGUCACUCUUCUAUGUGCCUUACGGGCUUAUAAAAGCACAAUCUGAAGUCAAAGCUGGCAGUGAUUGAGAGAAGAGCAGAUGUGCUAACACAAAGGAAACUAUGUCUGCAUUCAUUGAUGAAAGCUACCAUCUUGGUUUACUCAGUGAUGCUAAUACGAAGCUCCACUGAGCUCAAGUGUGGUUGGGGGGACCUUUGGAACUGACAUCUGGUGUUGGAAAGGGUGCUCUGCAUGUUUAUUUGAUAUGUAUUUUACCUUGUCCAUCAUACUUAGUAAUCUGUGACCUGUUGAUGCAGUUGUCUUGAAUAGACUUGAAUCCUGAACCUAUAGCUCUGAUAUCCAUCUGUUUUGGGUGCUGUGCGUUUAAGUGGAACACGGAUGUUGGAGAAAUCACAAGGACGUAUUUAGAAAGUCAGUCACCACAAAGUAGAACACAGAACGCUAUUCCUGCCUCUUACACCGCACAGAUCAGCAAGAAGCAGUGAGAGAAACUCUCUGGUACAGCUUUGCCUGAGAAAGGUACUACCGUGGACAUGUAGUGCUGGGAGGAGGGCGCGGGGUGAUUCUCCGGCUGUUUUGUAGCGAGUCGAACAUACGGCAAUUUAUACUCCCCUCUUGUAUGUUAAUAAAUAAAAUAUACGUGACGUUUCACA